GUAUUGAGCGCGAGCGAUGCAAACCCUAGCUAGAGCCAGCCAUCUGCGCGUUCGCAGCCCCUAGUUCGAGAUGCACCCCCUAGGGCGUGGCCCGGCUGCCCGCACGCGGUCCCCUCCUAAGCACUAGAUGCGAUCCCUUGUGUGCCGUCCAGCCCACCGUCCAGCUCCAAGCACGAGAUGCAGCCGCUUGCUCGAGGCCGGAGGAGCGGAGCGCCGGAGGAAGGCCGGGAGCGGUUUCCAGGGACCACUUAGUUGUCUGGGGAAGGUGGGGGCGGGGGCGGAGUGGGGGGGGAGGACGGACUGGAGUCAAGGUGAAGAGCCCUUCACCUCCUCCCGACGCCUCCCCCCCUCCCUUCCCUUGGAGGAAAGUCCCUAGGCCAUGAAGCGAGGCUGGGUCCUGCUCCCUGCUGUGCUCCUAUUCCUUGCUGGAGGAGUCGGAGAGCAGUUUUCUGUCCCAGAAAAAACCUACAUUUAUGGCAACAUAGGACACCCAGUGAAAAUCUAUGUAAAAAUGUACCAAAAUAGUCCAUUUCUUGCCUGCAUGGAUAAUGAGCUUUCUCAAACAGAAAUAAUAGACCCCAUAGCUUUGUGGAUGGGACCAAAUGGAAAGCAUUUGAAAGAGACAAAUCAUACUAGCUUAACUCCAGAAGGAAAGCUGAUGAUUACAAAUUUUAGAGAAUCUAUGUCUGGAUCUUAUGUAUGUAUUCUUACUUAUAAACUUGUCAGUGAAGAAACACAAAAAGAACAAGAGAUAUAUAACACAUACACAUUUAUGAUAUUUGGAUACCAGGAACCUGAUUAUGCAUAUCAGAUGGCUGUACGGUUUACCACAGAUUCUUGUAAUGGAAAAAAAAAUUCUCAGUUCUUCCAAUUGCUGACAAAGAUGUUGGAAGAUAUCGUGUUUGAUUUGACAUGCCAUAUUGAAGAACCAUCAUAUAAAUGCCAUUUGCUUGAAAUUCCAAAACACAAGUUAAAGGAUCAGAUAUUUAUAGCCUUCAGAGUAAGACCUUUCCCAGAGGGGGUGAGAGACGCUUGCAGAAAAGUUCUUAACUGUGAAGAAAUCACUAACAGUAAAGUUCACCAGGCAAGAAAUCGCAUAGAGGAAUUCUUUCUUCAACAGACAGUUGUUCUGGAAAAUGAAUUUAACUUUAUACCAGAUAUCCAUUAUAUCGACCACAGCUUUAAAGUUAUACGCAUUGACAGCUGUCGACCUGGCUUUGGGAAAAAUGACAUUCUACACAGUGACUGUGCUAGCUGCUGUGUAGUUUGCGAUCCAAGAACAUAUAGCCCUGACAUGGAUGUAACUUGUCAAGCCUGCUUAACUGUCCACAGAUAUGGAGCUAAAAUGUGCCCUUAAACCAAAACCAAAAACUGGAAAAUUAAAGACCCCAAAGUUAGCACAGCUGCAGCUUUGUGAAAUAAAGCCCUGAAGAACCAAAGAAGGCACGUCUUGUGAUGCCAGAGGAAGCUGGAGCUGUAGCAGCAUCUUGGGUUCAGCAUCUUGCUCCCUCAGGUGUCAGGGGAGAUUGCAGGCGCACUAGGUGGAUUCUCAGAAGUCCCAGGUCAUAUGGCGUCCAUUCAUCAGAAUAGUUACAACUGAACAGAUUUUUUGUUUUUUCCUUUUUUUUUCCUGCUCCAAUAGUAUUUUCUGAAACCACUGAAUUAUUAAUAAUAAACUAUUGCAACAUGUUCCCCA